GGACGUGGCAUUUGUCCAGUUCAUUUCACACUGUCUCCAGACUCUUUAUAAUAAAUACUCUGCUCUGAAUUUUAUCAGCUUUUUUUCAAUCGAACAGAAAAUAGAUUAAAAAGUGAGUUCUGAAGCAAUUAUCUUGUGUGGUGAAGAACUAAGAUGGCGGCACUGAAACAUACAAUUCUCAUCUCUGUGACUUUGGCCGUAUUAUUAUCCUCUACUCAUCUUAUCAGGCCUACUGUUGCAGCAAGAACAAACGAAAAUGAUUGCAAGAUUCUUACAUCUGAUUUGAAGGAGAAUUCACCAUUGAUCCUUAAAACCGUGUCCAGAAGUGGAGAAAGUCCCUUCCAUAUGCCAAAAACCGUGGGUUCGGACCUGCUAACGUUCCGCAGAGGAACUACUGUCCGGGUUGCUUGUCCAGACGUAAAAAACAACAAACUGCUUUUACCUAAAUCCGACUCCGUGGAAUCUGAAGAAAAUGUCAUCUGCAUCAAGGAUUCCACCUUCAAUGUUAAUGGCGAACUCCAGAACUUUAGUAGCAUCAGAUGUGAUCAUCCUCCACGGUCUGCUAUUAAGGAGGAUGGGUACUGUAACGCAACAAAUAUGAUGAGACGAAUCAUUGGAUUCAACCUGAAAGACGAGUUCAUUGAAGUGAUCGAAGUCUGCUAUGACCUCACAAAGCAGGUCACAGUACAUACAAGGCACAGUCUAAACAGAAAUAUCGUCUAUAAGGAAAGCGAAAAUAUCAGAAGAAAUGACACGUUACUUGAAUUUUUUGAAACGCCAGACCAAUUCUACAUUUGCAAAAAUCAAGUAGCGACGUUGAGAAACUUACUCCAAUCAAAGAACCACGCUCAAAAAUAUAUCGAUUGUGAUAAAGGGGGUAAUAGGUAUCUCACUAAAGCCCAUCUUGUGCCAAAGGGCGACCUGUUAUUUGAAUUCCAGCAAAAGAUAACUUCCUAUGACAUCAACACAGCCCCUCAGUGGCAGACGAUUAACACAGGACACUGGAGGAUUUUGGAGAACAGAAUACGACGAUAUGCAAAUAGGCACAACGCAGACAUGACUAUUAUUUCAGGGACAAUGGACGUAAUGACACUUCCAGAUCGGUUUGGUAUAGAUCAGAACGUAUAUUUGACCAAAGGCGAGGAGAGAAAUAUAACAAUGCCAGUGCCAGCUAUCUUCUGGAAACUUGUACACGACCGCGCUAGAAAUGCCGGAAUAGUAUUUCUACUUGUCAACAAUCCACACCAUCAAGACUUUGAGACGACACGCGGUUAUUUUAUCUGCGAGUGUGUCUGCUCGGAGACAUCGUCCUGGUUCGACGGUUGGAACAGAUACGACAUAAGAAAGGGAUACGUGUAUUGUUGCACCAUAGAUGAUUUCAGCCAAAAAACCGGGAUGAAAUCAUUUUCGUUCAGAGUUAGAAACUUGCUUCACUAUAGACCACGUGACAAGAACAAGAACCAUUUCACGAGUGACACUUCAAUUUUCAACAUUCUGCCUACUCCUCGAAGAAAUGUUGACAGUGUGUUGCAGAAAUUAACUUCUUCGCUUUGUGCCUGUAAAAUCAAUAUGGCGUCGUUUCGUGCAAGAGAUGGAUUGGUGAUCAUUCUCAUCAUCCUUGGAACUUGCAUAGCCCAAGGAAACGCAGAAUGCAUCAUGAACUUCACAUCUGAACUGGACGCCAUGUCUCCACUGAUUAUAUUAAAAGACGCAGCAGUGUCGGACGGAACAAGCUUCCUGUUGCCAACUGCGUCGUCACCGGUAGCCACUUUGAGUAACGGAGAAGAGCUGACACUUCUCUGCCCUGGAAACAGUAAUCGAUUGUCGGUCUCGGGGACGACACGACAGACGAAUGAAGCUACCCUUGCAUGUGACUCAGGUUUUAAUUUCCAGUUGAAUGGACAGUCUGUCCUCAUAUCAGACUUGCGGUGUACAGAAACUCCCCAGUCAGCCAUAAGAAACGUUGGGACCUGCAGCAGUCGUCAUAAUAGAUUACAGAUCGGUUACGAAACGUCUGAUAAGUUCAGCAGACUUAUCGACAUAUGCUUCGACGACACAAACUACAACACAUCCUACGUUAAUUACACUUUAGUUGCGGGUAUCGAAAAACGACAAAGGAAUCAACAAACUAGAAAUUUCGAUGAAACUGAUUACUAUAACAACCUUCCUAAUUCUCCAGAAACAUAUUACACGUGUUCAAAUCAACAGAGAGUAAUUGGGGCUUCCAUUGGAACGUCGCGUGUUGAUAGAUACAUUAAAUGUUCAAACGACAUUAAUUAUCUAACUAAAAGUCACUUAGCUGAUACAUUAGAUUUUUUUUAUGGAGCCCAACAAAGAUCUUCUAUGUAUCUCGUAAAUGUAGUUCCAAUGUGGCUUAGCAUCAGGAAUGGGAACUGGAUGAAGUUAGCCGAAGAAAUAAGGCAAUAUGCCAGCAACACAAGUAGGAGAGCUUCUGAUCUAAUUGUCUAUUCUGGUACGCUUGGCGUUGUUAAUUUGGAGAAUCGUGGCAUUUACCUCGGCACAGACAAUAAUGGCAGCCCUGUAAUUCCUGUUCCAAAAUUGGUUUGGAAACUGGUUUACGAGCCCGAUACAAAGGAAGGUAUCGUAUUCUUAGUCGUAAACAACCCUUACAUGCGAUAUGUCGUUUGCAAAUGCGUGUGCGCUCAGACAAAGUGGACUUUGGCUUGGAAUAGGCGAGACCAGAACAAAGGUUACGUGUAUUGUUGCAAGAUAUCCAAUUUCAGAAUGGCGUUUAGCGGAUUGCCUAAUUUUGAAGACCGGGGCAUAUUAACAAAGAACAGGACCUACAAGCCUGAUUUAGAUGUGCCAGCUCAGCAACAGAGAGUAAUUGGGGCUUCCAUUGGAACGUCGCGUGUUGAUAGAUACAUUAAAUGUUCAAACGACAUUAAUUAUCUAACUAAAAGUCACUUAGCUGAUACAUUAGAUUUUUUUUAUGGAGCCCAACAAAGAUCUUCUAUGUAUCUCGUAAAUGUAGUUCCAAUGUGGCUUAGCAUCAGGAAUGGGAACUGGAUGAAGUUAGCCGAAGAAAUAAGGCAAUAUGCCAGCAACACAAGUAGGAGAGCUUCUGAUCUAAUUGUCUAUUCUGGUACGCUUGGCGUUGUUAAUUUGGAGAAUCGUGGCAUUUACCUCGGCACAGACAAUAAUGGCAGCCCUGUAAUUCCUGUUCCAAAAUUGGUUUGGAAACUGGUUUACGAGCCCGAUACAAAGGAAGGUAUCGUAUUCUUAGUCGUAAACAACCCUUACAUGCGAUAUGUCGUUUGCAAAUGCGUGUGCGCUCAGACAAAGUGGACUUUGGCUUGGAAUAGGCGAGACCAGAACAAAGGUUACGUGUAUUGUUGCAAGAUAUCCAAUUUCAGAAUGGCGUUUAGCGGAUUGCCUAAUUUUGAAGACCGGGGCAUAUUAACAAAGAACAGGACCUACAAGCCUGAUUUAGAUGUGCCAGCUCAGUGAGACGCCGGGAACACAUCUAGCCACUUAGCUUCAGCUCGUAGUAUACUUCACACAAACACUUAUGCAAUCAAGAUCAUCUGGGUUGUUGUGCCGUGUAGCCUGGUGGCCCUGAUGACGGAGGUAGCAGGAACCUCUGAAACGUCGGUAAACUUCUACACAGACUACGCAACCCAGAAGACAGCCAUCUUCGAAAACCUCAAACCCUGCUUUCAACCUUCGUUCACUGGUUCGUAGCGAGUGAGCGAGCUUAUUCUGGAAUUCGAAUCACAAGACAGCAUUCUCCGUGAUUUUAUGUCAGAAUUGGCAUAUUUUAUUAAAACGUUUAGCUCCUAUGAUAAAAUAAUUCUUUAUAUCAAUAUGAUAGAAAAUAAUUUGUUAUAAAUUAAGAGUUGUCAAUGUAAAAUGUCCCACAAUUUCUAUGCAAAAUAAAACAGCACACAUCUUUA